AUGGCUGGAUUAACUAUAUAUAAGAAGAAGAACAAACAUGUAGAUAUUAAAAAAAAAUUAAAGCAGACUAGAUAUGGAUGUAUGCUGAUUUAAGAAAUAGAUACCUCGAAAGUGUUUUAAAUUGCUGGAGACAUAACUAUAGAUAUAAGGUAGUUAUUGGAUAGAGAUCAUUUAAAUGCAAUAUCUUCUUGGAAUGAUUUUAUUAAGGUUAAAGAAGUGAGAAAAUUCAAUUAAUCAUAGCUUAUAGAGGUAUAUUUAGAUAGUGAUAUUGAAAUGCGUAGUGAUAUAUCCCUUCCUCUUAGAUUGCUUAAAAGUAGCUAAUAAAAAGAGCUACUUCAUCUUGCCAAUCUGAUCGAAGAGUAUUAAUCAAUAUUAAUAGAAAAGUAGAAGCAAGACACAGACUUGAUAUUCAGACAAUAGAUAUAAAAAUUAAUAUGUUCUCAAGAGCCAAUAAGUUAAUUGGAUUGUGAUGAAUUUCAUGGAUGGAAUUUUAGAAAAAGCGUUGAAAAAGCUGAAAAGGUGAUAAACUAAAUAAAAUAAUAAGCAAAAGAUUCAGAUGAUCAUUUUUAUUAUGUUCUAUUUAAAGGAAAUAAAUACGAUUAAACUAAAUGCAGGCUAGGCUAUACUAUAUAAAAUUUAAGAGAUUUUUUAUGCUUAAAUAGUGAUCAAAUUGAUUAUAUAAGCUUAAGAAAGCCAAUUAUAUUUAAUUAUAAAUAUUAUCAUUAAUACACUGAAUACCUCUUUAAUAGAAUUAAUAAUUCUAUUAGACUGCUAAAAUAAGAUAAAAGCGAUUUAGAUUAUUUUAGGUCAGGACUUAAUUUUUUGCGUGAAGAGACUCUAGAUAUUUUUAGUGUUGAUAAUUUAAGUGUGAGAAUAAAAUAGGUUUAAUAUUUAUAUGUUUUAAGUAACUAUAAAAGUCAGAUGGAUGAUAUAUUAUGGGUAAGCAAGUGGCUCCCAGUAAAUGGGUAAUAACCUUCACAAGUUUUAUAAGCAUAGAGGAAUCUAAAAAAGGAUUUAAAUGAAGAGUAAGAGAAGACUAAGUCAAAUCCUUUGUUUGAUGGAUCAAUUUAUACAGAUGUAAUCUACGAAGCACAAUCUGAAAUUUUUAGAGAAAAAUUUUAUUCUAUCAUAGACAAUAACUUGUAUCAUGAUAUUUUAGAGAGUUUAUGA